CUUUUGUAAAACAAUCUAUAGGAACAAAUUGAGAAUAUAUUAUCAUUUCCUAGCCAUUGUCAUCAAUUCAACUGAAAACUUGUCACACACUAUACCUUCCCUUCACAAUUUCAGAUUCCCGGACAAAGAACCCAGAUAGGAAGCCUUCUCGCGAAUACCUUAUCUGAAAUGCCAGCCCUACGCCAUUCAAUUUCUCAGCUAUUCGCGCCGCAUCCAGCGUUUGCUCUUCGAAGCUCCCAAUCGCACGAACAACCGAUUUAUACAGCUCCCUCGGCAUCUUCUCCAAAUAACGACGAGAUGAUUCCUUCAUUACAGCCAAAGCGACCAACCGUCCCAAUUCCCACCACGCCCUCAACUCCACCUCCCAAUCCACCCACAACAUUAACGUCUCCACCUACCUAUCAAUCAGAAUCUCCCUUCCCAACCGCAUCUCCAUCCUUCCACGCUCCCGCAUUCCCCACUCCAGCUCCAAUUCCUCCCCGCACCCAAAUUGAAGCUCUACCACCCCACACAACACCUUUACAAACAACAGAUUCAAUGUCACCCUUCCUACACGUAACUUACAGAAAUGGCAAAUUCAUUCUUGAUUCUGCAAAACGUCAUCCAGUAUUCUUCACAGAUAGGUUGAGGAAAGCACCUACAGGCGUGGAAGCAAAUGACUAUGCAUAUGAGGAUUGGAAUGCGGGGAGUCCAGUUGCGAGUGGGUAUGUGUACGAAAGUGGUGAAGUUCAAGAAAGAGAAGCAAAGUUGUGAGGGGGCAUUGAACAUAAUCGAGAGUUUAUAACAGGUUCAGAUAUUGGAGUUCGGAUUGGAAUAGGGAUUCGGAUUCAUGGAUUGUAUAUAUGGGACCCCUCGUUUUCCCAGAUGGUCGAGCAUACUCAUCAUUGUGUUUCCAGGUUGUUUCUAGUUUUCUUAGGCAAGCGU